ACUCGACUAUAUUUAGUAGAUCGUAGUGCAGUUAAUCGCGCUCCUUAAGCUUAAUUCGUACGAGUGCUAGGGUGAAUGCAACCUUAAGAUGUUUGCUAAUUGUUGCCACAAAAUGUUGCAACUGCCAUCGCUGCUGCUAGUGAUAGUGCUGCUGCUGGCAAUGUGCCACUGGAGCUGCGCCAGAUUGCCGUCCAGCAUAACGCCCUGCGCACGUGACGAUCCUCAGCUGGAGCGUUGUAUUAUUAAUGCCGUCUAUCAGGUGAAGCCUCUGUUGGUACAUGGCGAUCUGGGAGAUGGAUAUAGAACGCCACCGUUGGAGCCGUUGCAGCUGGAUGACAUUGAGCUGGGUGGCAGCAGUCAGUUCCAAGCCGUCUUCAUGGAUCUGGUGGCCAGAGGUGGCAGUAAUUUUACCAUAGAUCGCAUUAUCGCUAAGCCAGAGGAUAUCUCCUAUGAUCUGUGGAUAACUCUGCCCCGCAUCAUAUUCAGUGGUCGAUACUUUAUGCGUCUCAAUCUGUUGCUGAUCGAUAUUCAGGGCAAAGGCACUAUGCGUGGAUACUGCGAAAGUGCAAAGGCAGCGGUGAAGAUGCGGGGUACUCGCUAUUUACGGAAUGGCCUGGAGUACGUCAAGUUCACCAAGAUGACAAUGCGUAUCCAGUUCAAGGACUUUAAGCUGCAGCUCGACAAUCUAUUCAACGGCAAUGGCGUUCUAGGAGAAGCGGGCAAUGCUCUAAUCAAUGACAAUCAGGAUCUGUAUUUGAAUGAGAUUGUGCCGGGCCUGGAGCGUGGUCUAUCCAAAAAGUUUCUCGCUGUUGCCAACGAGAUUUUGGCAUCGGCCACCUUUGAUGAAAUGUUUCCCCCUAGUCGUACUAUUGUUAACCCCAUUGCUUUUCCAAGGCCUACAGUGGGUUCGGGCUCUUCUUCUGGUCCUGGUCCAGCCAUAAUUGAGCCAUCUUAUGUGCCGCGUAAUCCCCUGGGUGGCAUUUUGGAUCAGUUGCCACCCAGAAGUCACAGCCACAACCAGAAACCAAAACGGCCAACUAACAAUCCUUCGGGCGGUAUUUUUGGCGAAUCGUUGCCAGGUGGAGGCAUCAUAGAUCCCAGAUUAAACCUGGGUAGUUAGGUUACACAUAUAUUGUUUUGAAUUUAUUAUCAAGCUGCUGAUGAAUUUCACUUUGUCAACACAAAGUUGCAUUUGCAACUGUUGUGAAACUGUUGAGAAAGCGAAAUUCAGAACAGACUUGCUAUAAAAUGUUUGUUAUAAAGUUUUCAAUAAUAUAAAUUUCUAAGUUGGUUACAUUAGAAAGGGA